AUGGCGGGAGGCGAGCAGCAGCAGCUGUUACCUAAGUGCGACGACGUUGACGUGCAGCUAUCUGUACGAGAUGCGAUCCUGUCAACACCCAAGCGGCGGGUCACGCAAGUACAUCGCGGUCGCUCCUGCGCUAUAUUGCGCGCCGAUGUCUGGACACUGCUGCAUUAUCGCACGUCGCUCAAGCAGCGCUCGGGACUGCAACGGGCAUCGUAUGUCUUCGAGGUGUGCGUACUGGUGCUCAUCACACUCAAUGUAGUGCUGGCCAUGUUGAAAUGGAUGCUUCGGCCGAUGUCGGUGAUUGACCUCGUGGUGCUUAUUCCGUUCUACUUAGAGAUCUUGCUGGAGCAUCAAUUGGCUGUGUCGUCGCGAGGUGUUAUGACACUGAGAGGGUUUCGAUUGUUGCGGAUUAUGUCGUUCCUGCAUUUAGAACGCUCUUAUCAAGCGAUGAAGAAUCUGCGAGAGAUUUUUGCACUAAAGAAGGAAGAACUCGCGGUCGUGAGCUACUUGACGAUCGUCAUUGUGCUAACGUCCUCUACUACCAUUUUUUUCCUCGAGAAUCCGGCGCAACCGGAAGUAUUCACAAGCAUCGGCACAUGCUCGUGGUGGGCUAUCGAGACCAUAACGUCUCUCGGAUAUGGCGAUAUCGUACCCAUUACUGCUGCGGGCCGCGCAUUCUCGUCGCUACUGGCGCUGUGGGGCAUCAUUCUUUUCACAAUUCCUGGUGCUAUCCUCGGCAGUGGGUUCGUUGAGGUAAUGCUCAAGAAGCAGGAACAGAAGAAUGAGCUAGCAAUGGAGGAGUCAAUUCGAACGUCUCUGACACGAGAGCUACGUACACUGAGCUCCAGCAAUAUAUUAUAUACAGAUCCUCACGAAGAGAAGCAGAAGGCGCUGUUGCAGCGUAUUACCGGGUCUGUGGCUCGCCUCCACGAGGUUAUCAAGGAAAUAAACACGCAAAUCGAGCUCAACACGCAAGACCGCGGAUUCCUUUAUCAGUCAAUCUUUUCAGUAAAAAUGGAUCACAAGUUGCUCCAGCACCCGAAGAUGCAAUACAUCGCUCAGACAGUCCCAGCUUUCGAGUUCCCCCGCUAG